CUUUACGUCUCGGUCAACUUUUUAAGCUUGAUGCUGCCUACCAUCAAGCUACUUAUUGUGCUUGCACAUAAAAAGGAUUUCUUCGAAUUAAUUCGAUACAUGCAAGAGAAAUUCUUCCAUGGGACUUACGACAUUCAGGAGAAGACACUUAUGAACUCAUGCAAAGGCGUCUGUGCAUUCUAUAUUUGCACCUUCACUUGGUGUACGCUAUUGACGGUAUUUAGCUACGUUGUAAGUCCCAUCAUAGCUAAUAUUGAAAGAAACGGAACAGACAGAUUACUUCCGUUUAGGAUGUGGAUGGAUAUAUUCUACGUCACACCUUACUUUGAGAUAACGUUUGUAGUGCAGUCUUUGAGCUUGUAUCAAGUCGGCGUGUGCUAUAUGUGCUUCGACAACCUGUUAUGCAUCAUGAAUCUGCACACAGCUUGUCAAUUUCGUAUAUUACAAUACAGACUAAAAAAUAUACCGAAUAUUGUCAUAGAAAAAUGCGUUGAAAAUUCGAAAUCGCUCACACCAGAUUCUGCAGACAAACAUUAUGCGACGUUUAGAAACUAUGUUCAACAGCAUCAAUUACUUAUUGCAUAUUGCGCCAAGUUCGAGAAAGUAUUCAGUGUUUUUGCACUGGCACAAGUGCUGGUCUUCAGUUCGUUGAUCUGCCUCGAUGGAUAUCAAGUACUUAUGGCAGAUGUACCGAUGUCAACUCGCAUGAUAUUCAUAUUUCACACACUGGGAUGCACAUCACAGCUGUUCAUGUUUACUUACAGCUGUGAUUGUAUAAUGAAAGACAGUGAGAAUGUUGCUACAGCAAUGUACGCGACUACAUGGUCCUACCUGCCGAUGGACAAUAACGGAAGAGCGUUACGAAAAGACUUGAUACUUGCGAUUUUGUAUUCCGGAGUACCUUGCUGCCUGACAGCCCAUAAAUUCUUCCCUGUAUCUCUAGAAACGUACACUGGGGUAAUGAGUACCGCAGUGUCAUACUUCACACUAUUGAAGCAGCGAACCUCAGAAACGACCUAAGUGUGUCCACGUGUUAUCCAAUCCGUACAUGCAUAGAUUUCUGAUUAAAAUAAUGUGAAUUAUUUACACUUGUUACAUACAUGAAUAAAAGAAUAUU